UUCUGUGGUACAACCGUGAAAUAAUUCCGGGUUGUCCUCCUUGAGUGAAGGUUCACAGCGGUGACUCUGUGACGGUCUCUGAUUGUUAAUUGUUUUUUGCACUAUGUCGGGCCGUGUUCUUGUUGGAGUAAAGCGUGUCAUUGACUAUGCAGUUAAGAUUCGUGUAAAGCCAGACAACACUGGCGUUGUGACGGAUGGCGUGAAACACUCAAUGAAUCCCUUCUGUGAGAUCGCUGUGGAGGAAGCCGUCAAACUGAAGGAGAAGAAGCUUGUUAAGGAGGUUGUGGCUGUCAGCUGUGGGCCACAGCAAUCACAGGAAACCAUUCGUACUGCUCUUGCCAUGGGAGCUGACCGGGGCAUUCAUGUGGAAGUGAGUGGGAAAGAUUAUGAAACCCUAGGACCUCUGCAGGUUUCUAAAAUCAUGGCUGCUUUGGCCAAGAAGGAGGAUGCUCAACUCAUCAUCCUUGGAAAGCAGGCCAUUGAUGACGACUGUAAUCAGACUGGUCAGAUGACAGCCGCCUUACUGGACUGGCCUCAGGGUACCUUUGCAUCAGAGGUUACACUGGAUGGAGAUAAAAUUAAGGUGGUCCGAGAAAUCGAUGGUGGGCUGGAAACAAUAAAGAUCAACACACCAGCAGUGUUGACUGCAGACCUUCGACUCAACACCCCCAGAUAUGCCACCCUGCCUAAUAUUAUGAAAGCAAAGAAGAAGAAGAUUGCUAAUGUGAAGGCUGCAGACUUGGGUGUGAACCUCACAUCAAGACUGGAGGUGCUGAAGGUUGAGGACCCCCCACAGAGGCAAGCAGGUAUGAAGGUGGAGACAGUGGAAGACCUGGUGGGAAAACUAAAGGAAGCAGGAAAGGUAUAGAGGCUUCAAGAGGACAGGGGCACACAUCCCAGCAGUGGACUCUGAUGAAUUAGGACUGUACCACAUGCACAGGAACUGAAUGAGUUUAUGUAUCAGUCUUGUCCUUGUUUGCAGCUGUUAUUCCUGAGCAUGUGCAGUUGGUACUAACAGAAAAAAAUAAAUACUGAGACUCACUGUCCUUCAGUCAUACUAUCUCGAAAAUAUAUUUUUUAUUUGUAUUUUAGCAAAAAUAAGUGGUGGUAAAAUUCUAAGGAAACAGACUUCAUGCAAUGAAUUAAACUAGACUAAAUGUAAGAACUGUAGGAUGCAUCUGAAAGCGACUCAACAUUAGCUUUUCAUAAUGUAGCCACACAUGCUCAGAAAUGGUAUUUUGUAAAUAUGGACCCAUACAUGUAGACAUCAUUUUUUUCAAGAUUAUUCUCACUGCUGUCACUAAUCUGUGCAAGUAAUGUAUCAAUAACUUGUUUUGGGACUGACUGGACAGUGUGUGUCAGCAUAUUCAGACGGAGAUAAUAAAUCAGAAUUUUUACCGCAAGCGCCUCAAUUCUCUGUUGAUUGUACAGAAUAUCUCCAUGACAAUAAAGCAGCCAGUUUUUCAUAUUCAA